GUCGUCGGCCCAAUUGGGGAACGGAAACGUCAUAGUAAACAACAACAUAAUAAAAGCCCUAAAGAGAAAUUAAGCUCACUGAAAAAUUCCCGCGUCCCCCGAUUUGAGAGUUCCGCCACAGUCCCAGUCAGUUUACCACACGCCCCGAUUCACUCGCCGGGCUUAUCGAAUCUCGUGCUAUGCCUCAAGGUUCGAGCAUCCCACCUUCUUCCGCCGAUUCUAGGGUUUCAAUUUCUUCCAAAUAACCACCGUGAAGCUCUGACAAAGUAGUCGACUAGUGCGCGCGGCGGUUAGGUUAUCCGGCGGCGAUGAAGACGACGCAACUAUUUAAAGGUUCCAACGUCUUUAUGUCUCGGAAUCUGGUUCCUCCUGAAGUCUUCGAUACACUUCUCGAUGCUUUCAAGCUCAACGGUGCCGAAAUCUUCCUCUGCUGCGACCCCUCUCGGAGCGGUCCCUCCGAUUUUCAUGUCAUCGCUUCUCCCGAUCAUGAGAAAUUCAAGGAUCUUAAAGCCAAGGGUUGUAACUUGAUUGGUCCACAGUGUGCCCUCUCCUGUGCAAAAGAGGGUAGACCGCUGCCACAAGGGGGAUUCACUUGUUGCCUAGCGAUGGAUGGUCUUAAAGUUCUUGCUUCUGGUUUUCUGAUGGAUGAGAAGGUCAAGAUAAGAGAGUUGGUUACUUCCAUGGGGGGAGUUUUUCUUUCCAAAUCUUCUUCUGAUGUCAACUUCGUCAUUGUCAAAAAUGUCUUGGCUGCUAAGUACAAGUGGGCUCUGAAUACUCAGAAGAAGCCAGUUGUUACACUGAAUUGGUUACAUCAGUGUUGGACUGAGCACCGUGUGGUUCCCCAGGAACCAUAUAAGGUUCCUCCUUUUUCUGGAUUGACAAUCUGUGUCACAAGAAUUCCAGGAGACGAGCGUAAGGGAAUGGAGAAGGUUAUUUCAGAAUAUGGAGGGAGCUACUCUGGUGAGCUAACAAGGAGUUGUACACAUCUGAUCGCUGAUGCUGCCGAAGGUGACAAAUACAAAGUUGCUCGAAAAUGGGGUCACAUUCAAAUUGUCACACGGAAAUGGUUUCAGCAGUCCAUCGAUAGAAAAGUCUGUCUCAGUGAAGAGUCAUAUCCUGUUCUCAGUUCCAUACCCUUGGCACGAGGGUUGCGUGAUAAAGGAAUCCAUCAUAAUGUUCAAGAAAAGUUUCCUUUGGCCGCAGCUGUGUCUGUGUCUGUGGCAGAUUCAUAUGCUUCUUGUGCUCAGUCUAGAGACUCGGAUAUAGAAGCUUCUGCCUCACAAAAUGUUUUUUCCACUUCUAUGAACCCCAGUACCGAUGUUAAAGAACCAAGUGAAGGCCCACAUACAAGGCCGCAAGAGCAAGAUAUUGAUGGUUGUACUGCCAGAGAUUCAGAAUCCGAAGACAAUGACCUGUACUUAUCAGAUUGUAGAAUUUUUCUGCUUGGUUUUGAAGCUUCUGAAAUGCGUAGACUUUUUAAGUUGGUCUGUAGAGGUGGUGGAUCCCGGUAUAUGCUGCUAGACGAAAGAAUGACUCAUAUUGUUGUUGGAACUCCUUCAGAGAGUGAGAAAAGAGAGGUGAGGAGUAUUGCAGCUUCUGGUGUCGUUCAAGUAGUCACACCCAGUUGGCUUGAAGAUUGUGAUCGUGAGAGAAAAGAAAUUCCAGUUCAUAAAUUAUAUACUGCUGACCACUUGAUUCUUCCAAGAGAUUCUGCAUGCUUGACCAAGGGAUCAUUUGCAGGGAUGUCAAGUAUGGAACAGGGUAAAAAUACACUCGGUCAGACCAUGGCAUAUGAUUCAUCUUCAAGGAGUAUCAAUGUUUCAAAUGGGCCAGCAACUUUUCUGGGAAACAAAGAAGCAAUGCAGGAAUUUGGCAGGAAAGAUAAGAUUCAUGCGGAAAGGAAAAUAGUAUCACCUAAGCAAAAAGAAACACGUAUUUCCCCUGUAACUAGUAAAAGCAUAGACCAACAGAGUAAUCAAUAUGAAUUCAAUGGUCAAAACGUGAAUGAAAGAAUGUCAUCUGUAUUUAAGGGGAAGACAUUUUGUUUCUCGCAUUCUUUUCCUGAAGAUCGGCGACCUGAAAUCGUGGAAUGGGUGAAUCAAGGUGGAGGAGAAGUGGUGGUAAAUGAUCCUAUGAUAAAUAACGCAGAUUUUACUAUUGAAUCCCAUGGUGGGUUCCGAAGUGCCGGGACUACCCAUAUUAGCUAUGUCUCAAGUCAUUGGGUUCGAUCUUGUUUAGAGGAUGGUUGUUUAGCUGCUGUUAGUAGUCAUAUCGUCUACUCACCUCUUCCCUGCCAGACACCUUUGCCUGGAUUCGAAAGCUUUUGCAUUUGUAGUUCCCAACAUGACGACAAGGAUAUAAAACUCCUGUCAAAUUUGUGUUAUGUACUUGGAGCAAGAUUUUUGAAAAAACUAACCAGGAAAGUGACUCACUUGCUAUGCAACUAUGCUAACGGAAGUAAGUAUGAGACAGCUUCCAAAUGGGGAAUAGUUUCCGUGACACCUGACUGGGUUUAUGAAUGUGUUAGACAGAAUCAAGUUGUUAGUCCAGACAACUUCCAUCCAAAGGAAUUGACAACUCAAGACAGAGAAGCAGGUUCUGGCGCAAGUCAAUUCCAUACACAUUUUUUGCCAAUGUCCUCAAGGGACAAUGUGUCUCUACUUGUAAGCCACUCUGAAGAAAGGGAAUAUAUUCAAGAUUUUUCUGGCAAAAACGGUAAAGGUGAAGUAAAUUACAGACUUGGAGAAGCUGGAAGGAAACAGACUUUUCCGUCUAAGAAGGCAAAACUUUUCAAAGAUGGUCAAGAAAGUCAUGUGCCUCUACUUGUAAGCCACUCUGAAGAGAGGGAAUAUAUUCAAGAUUUUUCUGGCAAAAACGGUAAAGGUGAAGUAAAUUACAGACUUGGAGAAGCUGGAAGGGAACAGACUUUUCCGUCUAAGAAGGCAAAACUAUUCAAAGAUGGUCAAGAAAGUCAUGUGCCUCUACUUGUAAGCCACUCUGAAGAGAGGGAAUAUAUUCAAGAUUUUUCUGGCAAAAACGGUAAAGGUGAAGUAAAUAACAGACUUGGAGAAGCUGGAAGGGAACAGACUUUUCCGUCUAAGAAGGCAAAACUUUUCAAAGAUAGUCAAGAAAGUCAUGUGUUUCCUGUGGGAGAGCCUCCAAGAUAUUGUGAUCGCCCUUCGAAGUCCGGAGAAGGCAAUGUCUCUGGAAAUGAUGCAGCAAGUAGUCGUGAAGUUCCAGAUGUGGCUGAUGCUAUUGAGGAUCUGUCGGAGCAGACAAGCAAAAUUCAACAUCAGAAGUCUCCUGGGAGGAUUUCAGAAGAGACUGUAUCCUUACAGUUUGUGUGUUCAUUCAUUCUUCUUAUUUUUUCUCUUUCUCUGAGUUAUCAAUAUUUGGCAUUGUUUGACUCCUUGAUGAUAAAACAGCUUUUUUCAACUAGUGAACAAUACAAUACCGGAAAUCACUCUGUCACUGGGCUGUCUAGACACUGGAUAAACAGGGUAAAUAAGAAUGACGACAUGGGCAGUCCUCCACGAAAUGUAACUACAGGCACUUACGGAAACUUUAGUGAGACGCAGACAGAAUCGCAGGUUGUUAGUUACGAGGAAGAUCUUUCAGGAAGGCAGAUGCUUAUAGACAGAGUUAGAACACGAAAUAGCUUAACGUAAAGAAACAAGGGGAGGUGCUCGUUGAGAUAGAAACAUCAAACGUGUGUCAGUGUACUGAUGAGAAUUACAGUGUAAUGUUGCAAAAACAUCCAUUAAAGAGGCAAUAGCCACAUCAAACAAUAUAUACAGAUCACCGUUUUUUUUUUCUUUUCUUUUUUGAUAAAGUACAAUGAGAUCACCGAUAGAGUUUCUGUUGACGAA